GCAAUCCCGGAAGACGGAGAUGGCGGCUGCAGUGACGGCUUCGAUCGCCGGCUGGCCCUCCGGAGAGCCUAGCCUCGAAUGGGAGUCUCUUCUCUUCAGUGGAAUCAGUGAUCUCUUAGGAGAAGAUGAACUUCAGCUAGAUGUAGAGAAUGAAACCUAUGAAAGCAACCUUGGUGACCUUGACUUUGAUCUAGAUUUGAUGUCUUGGGACUCAGACGCAUGGGAUGUUACAAAGCGGUCCCUAGCAGAUAUAGAGUGCAAAGCAGAACCUCUCUCACCAGCUACUUCAACAGAUUCAGUUCCUUCGCCUUUAUCUGUGGACUCUCCAGUACAGCAUGUGCCUGAAGGUGUGGAGUUUGGCGUUAGUUCUCACUUAUCCACUGCAUCUUUGUAUGACAAAGGCAGCCCGAGAUCUUCAUUACUUGUAGAACAAACUGAGAAGAAGUCCCCACCUAAAGCUAUGCAUUGUUCAGCAAAUGGAUCGUCAGUGACCCCUAAUCGAAAUAAUCCAGCAGCCUCAAAACCUUUAAUUCAGCCCAAGCCUCUGUUGCCUGCCUUUUGUGAGACACAGCCCAAUCUCCAGGCAAAAACCAUUGUCAUUCCAGCCCUUCCCACACUCCUGACACUGCCCAAGCAGCAGCCAGUUGUUACCAUCCAGCCAGCACCUCCAAAAGGUCAGCCAGUAAUGCUUUCUCAGUCUGCUGUGGUUCAUCUUCAGACAUCUGGAAUCCUUCCUGCCACGAACCCAGCCAUUGCUGUUACUGGUGGAGUCAAACAAUUAACAGGUCACACCAUCAGGGUAUUACCACAAACAUCAGGAAAGAAUUUGACCAGUAGAAACUUAGCAGAAGCUAAGUCUGUUCUUCACGCCACCUCCCCAAACACAAACAUGGAUAUGAAUGUUCUAAAACGGCAGCAGCGCAUGAUAAAAAAUCGGGAAUCAGCCUGUCAGUCACGGAGGAAGAAAAAGGAAUAUAUGCAGAGUUUAGAGGCUAGGCUGAAGGCUGCCUUGUUAGAAAAUGAUCAUCUUAAGAGAGAGAAUGGUUCACUGAAGAGACAGCUAGAUGAACUGGCAGUGGAGAAUCAGAAUCUCAAAGGGUCCCCUCCAAAAAGAAGAGCAUUUUGUGUGAUGGUGUUGCUUGCUUUUGUAAUGCUAAAUUAUGAUCGGCUAAGUGUGUUUGAAUGGGGGCCUGAUUCUGCUGAACAUCUUGCCAGUGCUAGCUACCAAAGUCGACAUCUUCUUGAAUUUUCAGCAAGUAGACCUCAGGAAACAGGUGGCAAAAAUAAUGAUGGAUAUAAGCCUUCUGUUUCGGAUAACAAAGCACUCAUGGUAGUUACCGAGGAACCAAUAAUAUAUGUAGCUCCCCCACCUUGCCAGCCAUUUAUCAACCGGACAGAAUUACUCAGGUUAAGUCAUGAACUAAGAGGUUGGGUGCAUAGACAUGAAGCAGAAAGAACACGAUCAAGAAGGAUGUCAAAUAAUCAGCAGCAAAAAGAGCAGGCUGUCCAGAAUGCUUCAGGAAAAAGUGUAAAUUCCGAACUGAUGGCCCUUCCCUAUACAGGCAACAGUGUUGGUAAGAAUUCAGGAAAUGAGCUACAGGUUUAUUAUGCUUCACCACGAAAUUACCAAGAUUUUUUUGAUGCAAUUCACAGAAGGGGAGAUACAUUCUAUGUGGUGUCGUUCCGUAGGGAUCACCUGUUGUUACCUGCCACCACACACAAUAAGACCAGACGACCAAAGAUGUCAAUAGUGUUACCAGCAAUAAACAUCAGCG